AGCCGUCGUGAUCAAACAUCUGAACAGGAUGAAACUGUUGGCUUUCUUCAAGGUGAUAGGAAGUUUGACUAUCAUGCGUUCCCAAAUGUUGGAGGGAUUGGUUGUCGAGCCACCACUAGUUCCAUAGAGAAAUAUGUCACUACUCAUUCUUUUGAAGAGAAGCCUGCGUGCUGA